GAUUCGCCAUUUUGUGCGGGGAAAAGUUAAUGUGCGGUUGUGUGCUUGGUGCCGGAAAUUUCAAUUUUGGACCGUUUUAUUGAUUCCUUUUCAAAUCUAGAAGAUAGAUUUCUUUGCAUAUUAGCUGCUUUGAGAAAUUCCGGGUUAUUCAAGUUUUUAUAACAAGUAACUGAAAAUUAUGGCUUCACAAGAGGUAUCAAUGGAAAAUGGUGAAGAUUUUUCACAAGACGUGUCGGCAGACCAUCAAAACGGAUCAGGCGAUGCGCCAAGAACAGGGGGUAGUGCCGAUAAACCUGGGCGUGAUGAUGAUAGGAAAUUGUUUGUGGGUGGAAUGAGCUGGGAGACUACAGAAAAGGAGCUGCGAGAGUAUUUCGGCAAGUACGGCGAAAUCGAGAGCAUCAACGUGAAAACGGACCCGAACACCGGCCGGUCGCGAGGAUUCGCGUUCAUCGUGUUCGCCAACGCGGACGCCAUCGAUCAGGUCGCCGCUGCCGGCGAUCACGUGCUCAACGGUAAGAAGGUGGACCCGAAGAAGGCGAAGGCCAGGCAGGGGAAGAUAUUCGUCGGGGGUUUGACGGCCGAGCUCACAGACGACGAUAUCAAGUCGUAUUUUGCACAGUUUGGAUCGAUUGCCGAGGUGGAGAUGCCCUUUGACAAGACGAAGAAUCAGAGAAAAGCGUUCUGUUUCAUCACUUUCGAUUCAGAAGCUGUUGUCAAUGAACUUUUAAAAUCUCCCAAACAAACCAUCAAAGAUAAGGAGGUGGACGUGAAGAAGGCCACCCCCAAACCCGACCAGAUGGGCGGCGGCAUGAUGAUGGGCGGCCGAGGCGGCGGCAUGCGCGGCGGUCGCGGCGGCGGCAUGCGUGGCGGCCGAGGAGGUGGCCGAGGCGGGUACGGCGGCUACGGCGGCGGCCAGAGCUGGGACGGCUACGGCCAGGGCUACUACGACGGCGGCUACGGCGGUGGCUACGGCGGCGGCCAGGGCUACGGAGACUAUUAUGGAGGCGGUACGGGCGGCGGGUACGGCGGAUACGGCGGUUACGAUUACUCCGGCUACGGUAGCGCUGGUGGUUACCAAAGCAAACCCAGGGGAGCUGGUGGCAACCAACGUCAGCAGAGGCAUCAGCCGUAUUAAAUGGUUCUAGUUUAGGUUGAUAUAUCAUCAGUUCUUGAUUUCAUCUUGUCAUUCAUCUGAAGUUUUCCAGUCAUACCAUUUUAGACCGAUAAUUGGAAAGUUUGAACAAGGUACAAACAUUUCGUCAUGUUCAAAAUUGAAGUAAUAAAAAAUAUUUUAUUUUUUGAUAAUAGACUAAGAAUUCAAUAUUGAUCUUGUUUCCUGUUCAAGGAGAUUUUCCUCCUUAUUUGUAUUAUGUAUGAAUAAUUUUAAUAAUUAGUGAUUUAGUUAGUAUGUUUGUAUAUGUCGUCUUAGAUUUAUGUAAAAUAUGUAUGAGAGGUAAGAAUUCAUUGAGCCGUAGGCGAAAGCAUGGGGUUUUUAAACUACCUAUCAGGAUUCAGAAAGAAAUAUAUUUAUCUCUCUCUGUU